GUAUUAUUUAAUGGUCUCAUAAUUCGUGUGCGUCCCAACGGCAUGUGCUAGUACUGCUUGUGAGCGAUACUAUGCAACUCGCAAACUGUCCGCUAUGUUAUUCAGACCACACCAAAACAGAACAGGUUGAAGACGACUCCGACUUACCUCCGCUGGAAGACUUAUUUGCUGCGGGUACAAUCACCGUUGCGGUCCAUGGCAAGGGCGUGUCUUGCGACGCCUCGGGUAAUAGUUCAUGGCGCAUGCUUCCAGAACCGUCGAAACGACCUCAGGAUCCCCUCUUAUUGGGUCUUGGAUUUUUGGCCCAUAACUUAUUUUUACGCUGCCACGUUCUGUUCAUCCGGCGACUACGCUGUCGGGGUGCAGCUGUUAUUAAGGAAGGAAGACGCUACCUUCACAGCGUCUUAUCCCUUAUCAAUUGCAACCCACGUUUAUGGAUUGCUGAGGAACCUAUCUUGUCCUCCGAGUACGACCACUUCUUACCCCGGAAAUCAGACAACCGAACUAUGGCGGAGAUUUAUAGCGACCUCAGUUCUCCAGUGGUUCCACCCAAAUGCGUUCCACUAGCCAGAGAAAUUGCUGAUGGCAAACCAGUGCGGGGACUUCGAAGCCAUUUAUAUGACUAUCAACGAUGCUCCGUUGCGGUCAUGAUUGAGAAGGAGUUGAGUCACCUGCCUGUUCCAGAUCCGUUAUACCUUGCUGUCACCAGCAUGCAUGGAGAGCAGUACUACUUCCGACCCUCAGAUGGGACCAUCUUAUGCGAGCUUCCGAUGGUCGCCCCAGGACGCGGCGGAAUACUCUGUGAAGAAUUAGGCACCGGCAAAACUAUCAUGAUUCUUGCUCUCAUCCUCUCGACCAUCGGCCAGCUUCCCCAACCAGAGGAGUCCAUGUUUGAUUUCCGACCAGUAUUAACACCUCUCGCUUAUCGGCAUUUCGCCUUACCCGACUGUGUGACCGCUCGAACUCGAGCAGGUCUGGAACCAUCGGACGUCUAUAACAUACCUUCUUUGGUUGACAUUCUUCUUCAUUACAUACGUUCGCGCAGUCAAGCCUCUAGUUGGUGUGAGUACGAGGACACUCUUGAGGGCACUAGUUUGUGGCCGUUAUUACACGGCAACACGCCCUUUUAUCAUCAUUAUGAUGACAAUCUUACUGCCGAGAUUUUUGGAUCGUCACGUUCUCGCAGUCAAGUGGAGCUGGGUCCUCGCGUCAUGUACCUAAGCGCAGCAACCUUAGUCGUUGUGCCUCUGACUCUGCUCGGUCAAUGGGAUAGAGAAAUCCAAAAGCACUGUCAUUCCAACGCUAGGGUCCUCAUCGUUCGUCAAUCGGAUGUCCUCCCUGCUGCAAGGAUACUUGCAACAAGCUAUGAUCUCAUUGUCAUGAGCGACGUUCGUUUUUGCAGGGAGUCGAGAAACAAGAAGGUUGCACGACUCCACGCUCUUCCACGAUGCACAUGCCCCUGUUUCGAAGGGUCUCGCAUCCCGAACUGCCGAUGUCCAGGGGAUACCCGGGUCACACCUCUUUUGCAAGUAAGGUGGAAGAGACUCGUGGUCGAUGAAGGCCACAUUGCUGGGAACGUAUCCGCUACUAUCAAUUAUUUUGUCAAGGAACUCAGUAUCGAGCGGAAAUGGAUCGUUACCGGCACUCCUACUUCCAACAUGUUAGGCCUCAGUUUGGGUUGCACAAAAGAAGGGUGGGAAACAGAUCCCAGUGGUUCUCCCAGCUCAAGGAAUAACAGUGACUGCAAUACACCAGAAGACACUACCCCUUCAAGUGCGGAUACUAGCGUUCGGAUCUGGAGUCGCUAUGAUACCGCCAACUUACGCAAGUUGAACACGAUGAUCGCAGAUUUUCUUGCUAUACCUCAAUUCCGUACUGAUCACAAAUCUUUUGGAGUUCAUGUUUCAUCACGUCUAUACAAUCGACGAGGCCCGCAACCUUUUGCUACGGAUAUACUGAGUCAAGUAAUGCACAUGGUGAUGAUUCGCCAUAGAGUCCAGGAUUUAGAAAAAGACGUUGUGUUGCCACCGAUGAAGCACGAGUUUGUGUAUAUGGACCUGAGUGAAUACGCGCUGAAGUCGUUUAAUGCUAUGCAGGCUGCUGUAGCGAUUAAUGCCAUUGACUCCGAGCGGCAAGUUAGGGGAAUGUUUUGGUCGGCUUCGAACAUUUUAUACAACGUCGACCAAAUAUGUCAAGAGGCACAAUCGUUCAGGACCCGUGCUCUCCAGCGUCGAAUUCCAAAGGAGGAGUAUGAAUUAUUGGAGGGCGCCCUGACUCAUGCAGCUGCAGCUGCAAGUGACACCUUGUGGCGCGCUAUACAGAAGCAUGAGGAUGUACCCUUCAAGGUAACAGGCCUCGACACCGGCAUCUAUGAAGCCUGGACACGGGGUGAUUUGAAGGCGAAAUCUCGCGAGGUUGAUCUCAUGCAUUCUAACCGUUUGAUCGAGCUUCGUGAUCUUGUCCAUGUACGGCCUCUUAUCUCCCCCCAAAACUUAAUCUGUGAAGGUAUCAAACUCAAUGCAGAAGGGGCGAGACCUUUAGAGCAGGAACCUUCUCAAGCACGAGAAUCAACACACGCCGGCACAAUCAAAUCGGUGACAGAAGUAUUUAAUGAAGAAAUGGAAACUUUGAAGAGAAAGUCACCUUCGUACCUUCCAAAUCUCCAGCUCUUGCAAAAUUCACCCUUGUCCGGGGUGCGCGUUGGCCCGUCUUUGUCGACGAAGCUCAAUUACAUUUUGACUGAGGCAUUACGGUACUCUGCGGACGAAAAAUUCCUUAUUUUUUCGAAGUCACCCCUUACUCUUGCCCACGUUGCAGAAGGGCUGGCUUUAUUUGGUGUCAAAUAUCUUCGUUAUACUUGCGACAUGCAACCUGCGCUACGAGAGCAAGCUGUCAUGACCUUCGAAUCCUCAGAUACCUACAGGCUUUUCCUUAUUGAACUAAAGCUUGGAGCACGCGGCUUAAAUUUAGUCUCUGCUUCGCGUGUGAUCUUCUGUGAGCCUGUAUGGCACCCAGAUGUCGAGUCCCAAGCUAUCAAGGUUGGAAAUUCGAUCAAAACUCUUGUCAUCCGAGGCACGGCAGAGGAGGCCAUGCUUGCUCGUAGACAACACCUCAGUUGUCGAGAACAAGUUCCGAAAAUGACAGACGAGAGUGGCAUGCGCCAGUUUAUGGAAAAUCCUCAAUUUUUGAACAUUGUUUCAUCUGAACCGGAUCGACUCUCCAUGCCUCUGAUUGACGCAAGAGCUCCUAGUUUCAAUCGCAGUAGCGAGAAUCAUUCGGCAGCAGAUGUCGAUGUCGAGUCUGGCUGCGUUUACGAGGAGAAGCAUGACCGGAAUUCGAAACAGAAGCGGGUAAAGUUUGCGAAGGAUGUCUAAUAAUUGUAAUAAGUCGGACUUUGAGUAAUAAGGCGCUUAGCCAUCUACAUUAACGAAUACCUUACUGCUAGCUAGUGAUAAUGCGC